UCCCAUCUUCUUCAUCGGCAGUUUUAUAUAUACUCGUCAGUCACAACGACGACGACAGAGAUCGAGCGAAUAGCUAGCUCUGCGUGCAUCUCAGGAUCGAUCGAUCACCAUGCCGAACACCACCGUGACCUCCGCGUCCGUCGACCAGAACCUUGCCCUCGCCAAGCAAUGCUCGCGAGAGGCCGCCAUCGCAGGGUUCAAGGCAGCAGCUAUUGGGACCGUCGCCUCCGGAAUUCCCACCCUGGUUAGCGUCAGGAUGCUGCCAUGGGCUAAGGCCAACAUCAACCCCGCUGGCCAGGCCCUCAUCAUCUCCACAGUUGCUGGCAUGGCCUACUUCAUCGCGGCGGACAAGAAGAUCCUCGCGCUGGCAAGGCAGCACUCCUAUGAGAACGCACCUGAUCACCUCAAGGACACCUCCUUGGAGGGCACCGGCCGUCCCCACCCAGGGUUCUUCAGGCCGUGAGCGAGCAAGAUACCCUGGAAGCACUAAGUUUCUCAGCCGUCGUCGAUAUGAUGCAGCAUGUCCAACAAUAACCUACUACUACUACUAGCCUAUAUACUACUACUAGCUAGUAGUAGACAUCGGCGAUCGAUGUGGCUCCAGAGAAUCUGUAAUAGCUUAGUGCUCCAGUUUACUGUAUCAACCUUCCAUCAUAUAUUAAUAUAUCCUCCAAUUUAAGAAUAA